AAGAAGAAGAAGAAGAAGAAGGAGGAAAAUAAAUAAAUAAGAAGAAGAGGAAAGUAGCUAGCUGGCAGUAGUAACUCGCAGUGACUUGAGUGUGGGUAAUAGUCUUAGUGUCAGAGAGUAUCUGUGGCAGCUGUAAGCAUUUAAACACCAAACUGUGACUGUGGCUUAUUUCUCCUUCACAUUUUCUUGUGUCGUUGUCUUUGGGUCGCUCGCUGGCAAGUGAGCAAAGAAAGACCAGUGAGAGCAGUGUUGUCAUCUGUGAAGUGUCGACUCCGUGAGUGAGUAACGAUGAGUGGUAUUAAUGACAGCCACGACCUGCCUGGUUUGCCCCCGAGUUUGCACAACGAGGACGAGGCUGUGGCCAUAGAGAAUGCCAUCAGGGCGGCUAUAAACACUGUGAUGAACGUGAUCUGCAGCGCGUGCAACCGCAAAGUGCUGGAGUACCAGAGGAUGGUGGCCGACAGGGACAAGGAGAUCAGGAGACUGGAGUGCAAGUUGGAGAAAAGUGAGAGUGAGUUAAAGAUGUUGCGUGCGGAGGUAGACAGGAGGCAGCCAAAUGACCAGAAGACAAAUGAGCCUGAAGUCAAAUCAAGUGGCGUUGGUGCAGCAACACCCACACAUCUUUCCCCGAAGUGCCUUGACACAAUGGAGGCCUUUCCCCACCAACAUGCCCAGACUGAGACACCUUCAUGGGAAGGUGAACGAGCAGCUGGAUGCCAGCCCUUUAGAUGCAUCACCUCCCUGGUUAAAGAGGAGCCCUCUGACUUGGAGACGGUCAUCAAGUGGGAAGUGUGUGAGGGGAGUUUGUUGGACCAGCAGGAGGGUCAACGUGGAGCCGAAGAUCUGCAUAAAGAAAAGCCUGUGAGAAAAGACACGCAGGCUGAAUGUGAAGCAAGAGCUGCAAAUCCUCAGAUGAACGAGCCCACGACAAUAGAAGAGGAAGACGAACCCGGCGGCAAUCUAAAAAGGAAAGGCAGGGAAAGAAAUGGAUGCCAGCUGCCUGAGAGUGAGGAAGACGAUGUUAUUAUGAAGAAACAUUGUGCGACUCAGCGAUCUGCACCUAAAACAACUGCUCCAAAACACAGUCUGGGAGAUAUCAGCCCACCACAGCCACAGGGGCACAGCUCCAAUGGCUCCAUAACAUCACACUUUACUGCACAAGACCCUCUAGCAUGUCAACAGCAGACAUACAUCACCAUGACAGCCCCACAACCUACAUGUGACCCAAUACUUCUAGAGGUCCUUGUUUCACUGGAGACAAUCAAACAGCAAAACACCACUGUUCUUCAAAUACUGCAGUCAGGAAAUUCAUCUGGAGCGCCGCUCUGUGAACCUCCAGAUGUCGGGACACUUCCGCUUCCACUCCAGUCAGUGCAGGACUUAAGAAGUUUGGAACAGAGGCUCUCCGCUGAACCAGAGCUGAAGAAAAAAAUGACCUCAUACCUCGGCCUGGCUGGAGGGAUGACGACCAAAGAGAGUGUCUGGAGGAUAAUGGCGAAGCUUUUUACCAACACUUUGGCCAAAAACAUUAACUGGAGGGGAAGAAAUAACAAGCAGAAGAUUGAGAACCUCACCAUAAAAAGAGUUAUCCUCAAUGCAGUCAGGCAGAAUUCAUUCUGCAAGGACGCAGUGGAUGAGGAGAUAGAGAGAUACAUGAAGCGCUGGCUGCAGCUGGCGGGAGACAGAGAUGGAGGACGAAAGAGACGACAGGAAAAGGGCAAGGAGGCAAACAGCAUGCAAGAUUACUGUAUGGAUGAGAUGUUUACUAAUGUGAUAGAAUAGUAGAAACACAUGCUGUAUCCAACAUACAGUGAAUAUCCACAUGACUGAAUUCACUUCUAUCAUCUCGUCUGUAAUUACAGUAACACAGAACUAACAAAACAGCUCCAUGGCCAGAUGUAGAUGCGCACACACACACACACACACACACACACACACACACACACACACACACACACACACACACACACACACACACACACACACACACACACACACACACACACACACACACACACACACACACAAGAAACUACAGCUACUCUUCUUCUUAUGAAUUCUGAGUCUUGUAUGUAAAGUAGGUACUGAUGACUGAAAAAAAACACUAAUAACUACACUUCUUUUCCAACAUAUAAUAAAUUGCAAGAGUUGCACGAUUACUAUUAUUUUUGUUGUUUUCUAGAGUUCAGUAUUCAUUGCACUUAUACUUUAAUUUUUUUAUCAUUUUUUAAAUCAUUUAAUCAUAUUUUGAUAUUAGUUUGAUGUAAUCAAUCAUAUUUAUUUCAUUUUACUCCAGAGAAUGUAUUAUUUGCAUUCAUUGUUAGUAGACCUCAUAAUUCUAAAUGGCAUUGUUAAAACAUUCGUCUGAGGAAUAUUGUUUAAAAAAAUAUAAAGGGAGUUAUGUCUGUUUAAAUGAUGUAUGUAUGUGCAAUGUUCUCUUACAGGAAAUGUAUUGCAGGGAGUUUAUUGUAAGAACUGUUACAUUGGUGAUGCCAAUAAAAUCCUGUCUUUUUGUUUCUUUA